CUACAGUUAUAUAUCAAACACUUCCCUAAGUGUUGAAGACACCACCUAACCUCCCAAUGAAAUGACGGACGCCGCACCCUCCAACCCGUCCGAACCUCACAUUGCGCACACCCUCCUCUCCCGCGCCCACUCCCCCACAACUACCAACACCCUCUUCACCGACCGCGUCGUCAAGAGGGCGGUGACACUCCGACCAACCUCUCCCACCCCGUCCGCACGCGCAACUCGUCGUUCCGCUCGCGCGUCCCGCGAAGCUGCAACCAAAGCCCGCAAAUCGAAAAAGCCGCGCCCGCUAUCCGCAGCCCAGAAGCGCGCGCUAUGCCUCUACGAAAUCCCGAAAGAGCAGCAGAAAUAUGCAAUCUACGAGCCGCUGCAUAGUAUGUGGUGCGGCUACAUGAGGGAGGUACUCGGGCUAGUGAAAGCGGAGGGCGAGCAAGGGAGGCCGACGAAAUACGUGACGCCCGCGGGUGCAGGGCCGAUGGUCGCGAGCGCAGACCUGCACGGGGCGGCUGUGGAGGUGGUGCGGAGCCGGUGCGUGAGCCGGGUUGGGCUGAAGGGGAUUGUGGUGCGAGACACGAAGUUUGUGUUUGACAUUGUCACGAAGGGGGAUGUGGUGAAGACGGUGCCUAAGGAACACACAAUCUUCAGGUUCGAGGUGCCAUUCUUGGAGCAAGAGGGUCAGCAGCAACAUCAACCGCUCGUGUUUGAGAUACACGGCGAGCAUUUCCAGAGGACGGCUCCGGAUCGGGCGAAGAAGAGCUUCAAGAUGCAUUUUGUGCCCGACUUAUGAGCAGAGAAUGGGACCUCGGCGUCUCACAACAUCCAGGCAGAGCUCAAUACGCCAAAAAGAGUGGUUGCUCAUGCCAUCAAUGGUCCUACUAAGGGCGAGGCAGGGUUGUACAUAACGCCACGGGACCAUCUUCUCCAAGAAACGGUACGAGGUGCAGUCCAUACAUGACGCAAAGCUGGUUGAAAGGCACAAUAAGGGGGUGUGUAGCCUUGCAAAAGAUAAAAGUGUGGAGUCGUUAAACUGCAGUGAGAAUGGCGUUUAGAGGUGCUGCACGCGG